AGACAGCUUAACGGGUGUGUGAGUGCGCAGGCGUGCUUGACCUGGCGAGCCAGGCCUGAGGGCUGUUUCCGACGGUGUUUGCAGGGGUCCAGGAGCCAGACACUACAGAUCUGGGCCCUGCUAGCGCCAUGGGCAGCGGCUGCCGCAUCGAAUGCAUAUUCUUCAGCGAGUUCCACCCCACGCUGGGACCCAAGAUCACCUAUCAGGUCCCUGAAGAUUUCAUCUCCCGGGAGCUGUUUGACACAGUCCAGGUGUACAUCAUCACCAAGCCAGAGCUGCAGAACAAGCUAAUCACUGUCACAGCCAUGGAGAAGAAACUGAUCGGCUGCCCUGUGUGCAUUGAACACAAGAAGUACAGCCGCAAUGCCCUGCUUUUCAACCUAGGCUUUGUGUGUGAUGCCCAGGCCAAGACCUGUGCCCUUGAGCCCAUCGUCAAAAAGCUGGCUGGCUACCUGACCACACUGGAGCUAGAGAGCAGCUUCGUGUCGACGGAGGAGAGCAAGCAGAAGUUGGUGCCCAUCAUGACCAUCUUGCUGGAGGAGCUAAAUGCUUCAGGCCGGUGCACUCUGCCCAUCGAUGAGUCCAACACCAUCCACUUGAAGGUGAUUGAGCAGCGGCCUGACCCUCCUGUGGCACAGGAGUAUGAUGUGCCUGUCUUUACCAAGGACAAGGAAGAUUUCUUCAACUCACAGUGGGACCUCACCACACAACAGAUCCUGCCCUAUAUUGAUGGCUUCCGCCAUGUGCAGAAGAUCUCAGCCGAGGCAGAUGUGGAGCUAAACCUGGUGCGCAUCGCCAUCCAGAACUUGCUGUAUUAUGGCGUUGUGACACUGGUGUCCAUCCUCCAGUAUUCCAACGUGUACUGCCCGACACCCAAGGUCCAGGACCUGGUAGAUGACAAGUCCCUGCAAGAGGCGUGUUUAUCCUAUGUGACCAAACAAGGGCACAAGAGGGCCAGUCUCCGGGAUGUGUUCCAGCUGUACUGCAGCCUGAGCCCUGGUACGACUGUGAGAGACCUCAUUGGCCGCCACCCCCAGCAGCUGCAGCGCGUUGAUGAACGGAAGCUGAUCCAGUUUGGGCUUAUGAAGAACCUCAUCCGCCGACUACAGAAGUACCCUGUGCGGGUGUCUCGGGAGGAGCGGAGCCACCCUGCCCGGCUUUACACAGGCUGCCACAGCUAUGAUGAGAUCUGUUGCAAGACAGGCAUGAGCUACCACGAGCUUGAUGAACGGCUGGAAAAUGACCCCAACAUCAUCAUCUGCUGGAAGUGAGGCUGGUGGGGGCUCUCUCUCCUGCUAAGCACUCCCUGGUGCAUGAGGGCUAGACUGGUAGACUAGUCCAUAUUGUCUCAGGGUGACCCUCACUUCUGUAAAUAAAAUCAUCCAUUUCAACUUA